AUGGAAUCUCUUGAUGGAACCAGCUAUGAUGUCCUGAUCUCUGGAACAGGCAUCCAGCAGUCUUUACUUGCUCUUGCUCUCUCGCGCUCUGGCAAGAAUGUCUUGCAUGUCGACAAGGAUGACACCUACGGUGGUCCCGAAGCUGCCUUGAGUCUUGAUGAAGCUGAGCAGUGGGUUGAAAAACUCAAUUCUGUAAAGCAAACUCGGUUCAGCAAUGCUUCGAUAACCAAGUCGCCCGAAGGAGAGCAGAAACUCUCCCUUUUCAAGAGAUACAACUUGUCGCUCGGACCGACUUUGGUCUACACUCGUUCCGGCCUGCUUCCCAUCCUCGUGUCAUCCAAAACCAAUGACCAGCUCGAGUUCAUGGCCGUUGGCGGCUGGUUCGUGUUCGAAAAGCAGGAAGAUGGUGCGCGAGUGGUUCGGGUGCCAAACGGACGUGAGGACAUCUUCGCCGACCCUUCGCUCACCCUCAAGAUGAAGGGUCAGUUGAUGAAGUUCCUCCGCUUCGUAGCCGCAUUCGAGGAAAAGCCUGAAACAUGGCAACCUCAUCGCGACACACCUUUUGCCAGCUUCUUGUCGGAACAGUUUGGUCUGCCAGCUGUCGACUCCCUCAUGGCUCUCUGCCUCAGUUUGGAAGUACCGGAGAAGACGACUACUGAAUUUGCCUUACCACGCAUUGCUCGUCACCUUCGUUCGAUCGGUGUCUUCGGUCCUGGCUUUGGUGCUGUCAUCCCCAAGUGGGGUGGCCUUUCAGAAGUUGUUCAAGUCGCGUGCCGAGCUUGUGCUGUUACCGGUGGAAUUUACGUUCUUGGUCGAGGCAUCUCUUCCAUCGAGCCUGCUCAAUCAGAAGAGGAUGAUAUCGAGGAGAUUCCGAGGGAUACCGAAAAGCCUGAUUUCAUCGUCGGCUGCUCAGACGAUCUACCCGCAUCACCUCCUUCUGCUACGAUUGGUACAAAGGUUGCUGGAGCCCAACCUGAAGCUGUCUCACGCAGCGUCACAAUCAUCUCAUCACCUAUGCAACAUUUGUUCGUCACUGUUGCUGAAGGCGGUGUUUCUCCUGCAGGUGCCGUUGUGGUUUUCCCUGCUGGCUCGCUCUCGAGCGCAGCUCACACACCUGUUCAAAUCAUGGUUCACUCCAGUGAUACCGGUGAAUGCCCUCAAGGACAGUGCAUCGCAUAUGCAAGCACUGCAGUCACAGGUCAAGAAGGCCAGGAGCUUCUUGCUGAAGCUGUCAAGUCGCUUCUGGCAGCUCAAGAUGGCGAGUCUCAAGCUCUUUGGUCGCUCAGUUAUGAACAACAUGCUGAGGCAACAGCUCCAUCCACCGAGACUUCUUCCAGCAUCUUGAAGUUCCAAGACCCACCACUGGACUAUGUAUUUGAUGAUGCGAUCAUUGAGAAUGUGCAGGCGGCAUGGCAGAGGAUCUUGCCAGAGGCUGAUGACUUUAUGGUCUUUGGAGAAAGGGAUGCUGAUGACCAAGAGGCUGAGGAUGAUGAAGAGUGA